AUGACUGUUCGUACUCACAAUGUGACUAUAUUAAGUAAAAUCUUAGAACUCUUACCGUUCAUCAAACAUCUAUGUGUUUACACGUCCAGCCGACAAGACGACAAAUCAUUAGCACUACCUAAUGAUCUUUCAAGUUUGAUAUCAUUGGAAUUAGUUGUUUCUGGUGUUAGUAUCGACGAUGUUGAAUGGUUACUGAAACAUGUACCAAAACUUGAACAAUUUUCAUAUUUUUAUUCAACCACAGUUGGAAGUGAUUUUGGAGAUUUGCGACAAAUUAAUAAUGACAGAUGGCAAAACAUAUUAUUUAAUUUACCAUUACUUGAAGAUUUUGGAUUGGUUAUUAGACUCGGUCCAUACUUUGAAACCGUUCGUCUAAACCCAUUUCAGUCAGAAUUUUGGACGAAAAGAACUAUUUAUUUUUCAUAUGAUUACAACAUUAAUUUUAUCGAUGUUUAUACUAUACCGAGAAAAACAACAGUUUGGCAACUUCCUAAAUCUGAUAAUUACCAACUACAACGGAUAACGUCUGACACAUAUGAUAAUUACAGAAUUAAUUGGAAUGAUUUUUCCUGGUUCUAUGAGUUCCCACGUAUCCAAACACUGUUUUACAAUAUGCCAGUUCCUCAUGUCCAACCGACAAAAAGAGUUCGUGAAAUUGAACAUCGACCUGUGGAACGUCGUCUAUGUUCGACUAACAUUCCGCAUUUGUCCGGUUUUAGAAAGAAAUAUAGCUGGCGAAAAGUUCACCGUUAA